AUGACAAAUAAGGGGUUAGAUCAAGCUCUGAGGCAGCAAAAGAAGGGCAAUAAGAAGAGCAGAGCUUUGCCACUCAUUCAGAGGCAAGAUUGGGAUGGGGAGACUCAGUGGUGGUCUCCUUCGCGCGUCAACAAAGCUCAGCAACUCCUGGGUGAAGCAGAUGAGGCAGAAAGGCAAGAAGAGAUCAGAAAAGCAGACGCAGCUGAGCUUCGUGAGACCACACGCAAGUUCAAGCAAAAGCUUGACGCUGAGAAAGCGGAGAAGCGGGAGAGAGAGAAGAAGGAGAGGGAUAAAAGGAAGGCAGGGGAGCGCCAACAGAUUGAUGCACGCAAGGCAGAGCGAGCGCGCAAGAAGGAGGAGAAAGACCGUGAAAACGCAUCACGCACUAAUUAA